UUUGUAGAACUUUGGUCUGUUCUGAGGGUGUCUAUCGUCAAUAAAUUCUGAAGUUUGUUUUGUACAUAUGUGUGUUGUUACGAAUUAUGGUCAUUGUAGUGGAGUGAAAAUGAAGUCGUUGCGGGUAACUAGUUUUGUUCGUCAUUUGGAAUGCUUCACUCGUCCAGAUACCUGCUGUACAUGACUGCUAGAAGAGGGGAUUAAUCAUGAGUUUUGAUACUGAAUGGGCUGCAGAGAAGUAUUACAGCCCUCUUGAACCACCAGAACACUGGAAACUGCGCAGGAAAUUCCUAGAAGCCAAUAAAGAUAAAUAUCCAGAGCAGAAAUUAAUUUCUUUAGCUGCAGCGUUUAUUGAUAUCGAAGUUCUGGGUUGCUCGUACAACACAGAACUUACGCAGAUUGUUGAUGAACUUUCAAAAGGUUUUAUGGAAGAAUAUCGUGAACAAAAAAAAAUGAAACUGCACAGUGUACAAGUAUCGGCGUCUGAUGCUGCAGCCAGUAAAGUUAAAGGCCAGGCAGAAGCUACCAUAACAAGUGAGCCAAAUGUAGCUGGUGCAUCUAUUUCAAGCAAGAUCCCCCUCAUAGAUAUUGCUGAUGAUGAUGAUGAUGAUGAUGAACCAGCAACGGAUCCUGAAAAUGAACCAACAACGGAUCCUGAAAAUGAACCAACAAUGGGUCCUGGAUAUGGACCAGCAACGGAUCUUAGAUAUGGACCAGCAGUGAAUCCUGGAUAUGGACCAGCAGUGAAUCCUGGAUAUGGACCAGCAGUGGAUCGUAGAUAUGGACCAGCAGUGGAUCGUAGAUAUGGACCAGCAGUGGAUCCUAGAUAUGGACUAGCACUGGAUCCUAGAUAUGGACCGGCAGUGGAUUCUAGAUAUGGACCGGCAGUGGAUCCUAGAUAUGGACCGGCAGUGGAUCCUAGAUAUGGACCGGCAGUGGGUCCUAGAUAUGGACCGGCAGUGGAUCCUAGAUGUGAACCGACAGUGGAUCCUAGAUGUGAACUGACAGUGGAUACCGGAUAUGGACUCGAAGUGGAUCCUAGAUAUGGACUCGAAGUGGAUCCUAGAUAUGGACUAGCAGUGGAUCCUAGAUAUGGACUAGCAGUGGAUCCUAGAUAUGGACUAGCAGUGGAUCCUAGAUAUGGAUCAGCAGUGGAUCGUAGAUAUGGACCAGCAGUGGAUCGUAGAUAUGGACCAGCAGUGGAUCGUAGAUAUGGACCAGCAACAGAUCGUAGAUGUGUACCAGCAACGCAUCCUGGAUGUGUACCAGCAUCGCAUCCAGGAUGUGUACCAGCAUCGCAUCCAGGAUGUGUACCAGCAUCGCAUCCUGCAUGUGUACCAGCAUCGCAUCCUGCAUGUGUACCAGCAACGCAUCCUGCAUGUGUACCAGCAACGGAUCCUGGAUGUGUACCAGCAACGGAUCCUGGAUGUGUACCAGCAAUGGAUCCAGGAUAUGUGGAUGAUGAUGAUGAUGUAAUUGAAUUAAGUGAUGACUCAUGUGAGUCGGAAGAAGAAUUUUACACUGAACAAGGAAAUAAUAAUAUGAAAAGAAGAAGAAGACAAAAACUAAAAAAAGUGAAAAAAGUUAAAGGUCAGAUGUAUGUAUCUCGAGAUCUGAGAUCAACUGAUAUACCAAGAGAAUGCUGGACAAGCUUUGGAUAUCUGGUGCUCAUUGAAGAUGCUGAUACACACGUAGUUCCACAGCAAAUCAUAGAACGUUCAGCAAGUUUGUGCCGUGCCAAGCUUACUGUUCAGGAAAAAAAACAUACUAUUGUGGAGUGCGGGCAAACCAUAAUCAUAUCGCUUUUUAAAGUUUACAUUCGAGGGAAAGAGCUAUCUGUGGAAGCAGAUGCGGUGAGAAAGAAAGCCCGAGAGAGGACUUACUUAAAAGCUCUGGAAAAGCUUCAGGAACAAUGCUUUACAAUUAAGAUAAAACGUCGGCGUUACGACCAAGUUGUUGGGAGAAACUUUGGUGAACCAGAAGUUUCGGAGGUAGAAGAACCACAGAAUAGAGGACCUGUUACACCUGCUGUUGGGGGUGUAGCUUUGAGAAUGAUGGCAAAUAUGGGCUGGACAGGUGGCGGCCUCGGCAAAGCACAGCAGGGAAUAGUAGAGCCAAUAAGUUUGACAGCCAAAAUGAACAGAAGUGGCUUUGGUAGUCAAUUUAAGGAAGGGAAGAAAGAAAGUGCUGAGAAACCAGGAGCCUCAUUCGAAAAUAAAGCACUCGUAUUUCUCGAAUCAUAUGCAAGGAGUAACUCUGAACAAGAUCUCGUGUUCACGGCAGAGUUUACCAGUGAUGAAAGGAGUAUUCUUCACAACCUUGCUGCCAAAUUUGACCUGAAGUCAAAGAGCUAUGGCAAGCAGGAACAACGGCAUUUAGUGAUUUCGAGGAAAGUGGAACCUUUCCGCAUUAUGAAAGCCCUUCUAACACCAGGCUACACCAGUGAAAAAUAUGAACUUGUGAGGCCAAAAGGUCCACAAAGGCCCACAGAAUCGAAGGAAAACACUUAAAUAUUUAAACACUAAAAUUAUUAAGUUACACAUUUUCUUGAACAUUUGAAGAAACUUUUAUAACUUAAGCCUUCAGGCAUGUAGUUACACUAUUUAAGAAUCCUCAUGCUAGCAGUGUCUUGUACCAAAAUCAGUAUUUUGUAUGUUUUAUUAGACAAUAGGCAGAACUCUGUAGUAACAAUGUAAUGUAAAACUUGAAUAAAGUAAACAUGCACAAUA